AUGUGCAUUACAUGCCAUUUGGCUCCCACCUCAUGUAGCCCCAGGUUCUCCAUUGGCGGUGGCUGGGCUCCAUACCUACCUGCCUGGUACCUGGGACUGGCCUGGCUUGACGCGGUGUCACCAACCGGCAACUGCGGGCUGUCCCGAUUUACCCCUCCACGUGCGCAGGCACUGGAUGGUUCUGGACACCCUCGCUCGCAGGAGCAGCCACCGACGUCCCCGGCCCUCUCCACGGCCUCAACCGCCGACGGAGACGACGACGCAGACCCCGAGUCCUCGCCCCCGGCCCCGGCACUCCCAGCACCAAAGCUGUCUGAUCGAGUUUCGGCCCUACUCCGAUCCCCAACUAGAGCCAACGACGAUCUCUUUGAGACGGCCAGUUGGGGCUCUCCCUACCCCCCCGACGACCGCAACGUACGUCGCCAGAGCUUCAGCAGCGACCUGUCUGAAGAAUCGCCAAUUCACAAUCUGGACAUCGACACCCCCUUUCUCCGUACAAUUCCUCAAUUCCCUCAACAGCCCGACGCGGAGACCCGCGAGCCACUGAGCGCCGCCGCCGCCGUUCUCGCCAACCGAGUCAGGCGCAGCAACAGAGGACUUACCGAAGACUGGAUCCGCGCCCACACAGCCGCCGACCAAGGAAACAUAGAGCCUCGCCUUUGGCUCAGUGACGGAAGCGAUAGCGAGCACUCUUCGCUGAGCGGCUCCGAAUUAGCUUGGCUGGGCGAACUUACUCCCAGAGCUGUCAAGGCUGCCAGAGCUGCUAAGAAGCAGACGCGACAACCCCGGUUGAGCGCCAGCAUUGAAACCUUGAAACCUACGGAAGGAAAAGACAUCAAACUGGGUAACUCAGCAAGCAUGGCCUCAGAACCCGAGCGUGUGCUUGAGCCGGCUGUCAAGGUCCCUCCCCAGCACGACGAGCCUAUCGGCCAGUCUGUUGAGGAGGGAAGUUACACGUCGCCUACAGAACAGAUGAACGACGCAGCAUCGAACCCUUCUUCGAACCAUUCAGGUGCAUUGAGGGACGCGCCUGUCAAGCCAUCUGCGGAGACUCUUACUCCGACCCCUAUCCCCUCGACACCAAAGAGACUGAAGGAAAAGUCUUUGCCAAAGGAACCUCUCAUGACGCCCCGAAUUAAGAAGAAGGUACCGUGGAGGGGGAAGAACAUCAUGAUUUUAGUUCCUCGCGAUGAAGAUCGAGGCAAACCUGGCAAGGCCCCCGUGCCUUUACGCCCUGCUGAAACCACGCGCAUGUUUGCUUCAUGGAAGGAACUCGGCUAUAACGUGGACGGCUUCGAUCUGUUUGUCAAAGACUACCAACCCAUAGGGACUGAUGACUCCCAGAGUCGAGACUGUUGGCCCUCGGCCGAUGAGCUUACCCAGGAGCGGUCAACAGGCCAUUAUCAAGUCACACUGCCAGACCUGAAUGCGUGGAAGAACUAUGUCCAAGAGCUUCAAGAAGCCAAGCUCAGAGCGCUUGGUGUUUCUGAUGCUACGGAUGAGCCUCCUGCUCCAUCAAUUUCACCGACCCUUACCAUUCCUUCUCGACAAGCUUCUGCCCAAUACCCCCCGCUGCCUUUCUCGCCACCGAUCCCUACUUCGUCGGCAUCCAGCAACAAUGGCUUCAAUUUUCAGUCGCAGCUGCUUUCAGGCACCACGACGACAACUCAGAGCCCUGGGAUCGCUUCUCCAAUUCCUUUUGGACAGAUCCAGGGCAAGUUCAACACUCGCCAGUCCAUCUCGCUUCCGGCUGGCAACUCGCCGUUUCAGAUGUCACAUGUCCAGGGAUGGCAGCACCAGGCGGGCAUUUUGCAAAGUCUCGCUCGCAUUGAUUCGCCACUUCUCAGCCUGAAUGGCCUCAUCUCACCCCAUUCGCCGUAUGAUAUGGACGGUUUCCCUAUUUCGGGAAGCCCCGCCUUCAACGCCCACCAAAGGCACCAGUCGUUGCAGUACUUCCCGCAACAGAUGCCUAGAGCAUCACCUCAUCUACAGCAAGUGCGCGAGGAUGAAGAAGAAGAAGUCGAAGAUCACGCCAAGAGUCCUUCCAAGACACCAGAGCCCACCAAGCAGCAGCAGGUGUCGAUGCAUGCCGAGAUGCAAGAUGCUCAAUAUCACCUCGAGGAGCAGCUCCGCAAUCAGCUCGAGCAUGAGGACUACAAUCCCCAAGCUCGAGGCAGCGCUGCUGUUCACCACGAGAACCUUGCUUCAGCUCAUAAUCGUCAGGCGUCUGGGAAUCUGGCUGUUUCCGAGCACUUUGCUCACGACCAAGUCAAGCCCGUUGUUCUUCAUCAUCCCCGCCCACACAGUCGUGGCCAGUCCCAAACUUUCUUCCGCGAGCACGAUACGCCAGCGGAUGAAUCUACCUUUGGCCGUCUCAACGGCAUCCCCGAAGCUAACAAACCUGAAGCCGAUGAGGCCUACGAGAUAGAGACAAAUCCGAGCAACCUGGGCACUCCUGUGCAAAGCUUUGACUUCCCUGCCAUGACUCACCCGCAUCAAAAGACAAUGUCAACUGCUAGCAACCCUUGGAACACUGUCAACGAGUCUGUAGAAGUGCCGGAUCACGAGAGGAAGAUAUCAAGCUCGAAACUCAAUGUGAAGGCGCCUGAGUUCAAGUUUAACCCUACGAGCAACUUCACUCCUGGCAUGUUCAACUUCUCUUCUGCUCCCAUUUUUCGGCCUGGAGCAGCAGCUUUCGAGCCUGCGAUCUUUCAGGCUGGCGCAGCAGCGUUUGAGCCUGCAGUCUUUCAGGCUGCAGUCCACGAUUACGCUGAGCCUGCCGCUCCUGUUGCCGAGUUUGGUAGCAGCCGGUUUGGCGUGAAGGCUGGCUCUCCGUCAUUUACUCCAGGCAAGAGCGAAUUCAGCUUCUCGACGUCGGGGCCCAAGUUCCGCCCCGACGCGCCCGCAUUCACCCCAUUCCAAUCCCUGGCUAAACCGCUCGACAAUUCUCGCAAAGGUCAUCAAGGGCGCACUGACUCUAUUUUUGGAGACAUCAACAUUGUCGCGACUGAAAUCGCCCGCUCCAGCCGCAAAUCCAACGCCAUUCCCAUCAUCCGACCUUCUAGCAGAUCGUCGGCCAAGUCGCCCUUGUUGGGUGUUGCUGAAGAUUCUGGUGAAGAUCAGAUGGAUAGUGAUGGCCGUCCCAUCCAGGACGAAUCAAGAGCUAAGCGUGCCAAGAGCCUCGCACCAGAAAAUGAAGAGGUUGCUUCAUUCGCCCAGAUGCCUCUUGCUAGCAUCUCGGAGAGUACCAACGAUAAUGCUCUAUUUAUUGACACGUCAAUGUCGUCUGCUGGUACCGGAGAUAUGUUAGAGACGAAGCAGACCACGGCUGUGCCUUCAGAGAUUUCACCGGCUACCAAGGAGGAAUGGCGCCCCUUGCAAACCGCCAAGGAUGCUGUCAUCAACAGCCACAAGGCUCAACAUUCUGCCGAACUCAAGUCGAAAAAGCAAGCCCACAAGAGAAACUCGCUCUCUGCUACAGCUAUAGUGUUCUCACCUGGAGCCAUGUCUUAUGGAGACGAGUCGCCGGUGACACUGACCCGCGCAGAGCCAAGCCCUGUCAAAAUGACGCACUCUGUAUCCAUCUCCGAAAUCCAGAGAAUUUCUCCGCAUGUCUCGGACGAGUCUCAAUUCUCAUCCGCAAUGCCCUCUGCCAGACCGAAGGGUCUCAAAGCCUCUCGCUUUGCUCGAGCCGCGCCCGCCUCUGUUACUCCUCCCGCGGCCACCCCUGUACCCAUUCUUACUUCCGCGCCGGAGCCCCAGUACGAACAGGAGACUCUCCAGAACACUUCUGCAGACAUUAUCCCGUCAAUCGAGGCUCAAAAUACAUUGGUUGGUCUCAGCGAAGAGCCAGUCAAGACCGACGCGAAAACAGAUGAGCCAACUUUCGAGGAGAUUGACGCUGUCAUGCAACAAAUGAAGAUUGAUCCGAACAUGGGCGUUAAGAAGAAGCCCCUGGAGAAAUCUAUGUGGAACCAGCCGACGCCCGUCGCCAGCCGACAGCCCUCCUAUACGUUGCGCCCCGUUGCACACGAGUUUGUUCCUGAAUUUAGCCAACCAGUUCCUCCAUACCCGAAAGACCCUCUCCUGGAAGACCCGUUUAUUGACCCGCCCGAUGCAUGGGCCAAUGGACAGCAGCAGGACGAUAUGCCUGCCAGCGACUGGGAAGGUGCCUUCUCAGAGGAUGAGCACUCCAAACUUGAGAGCAGGACACAAUUCUUCGACGGCCGGGUCAACGAGAUUUCCGCUCUCGGUAACAAGAGCCGUCGUGCCCCAUCAUCUCGCCGCGAUAUCAGAAGCACGACUAGUGAAAAUCAGGAAAGUGACGCCGACGACGAGGAUGACGAGUUGAUCCUUAACCGGUCCAUGAGCCCGCGCAGAGAUCGCCGCAUGGACCAAAUCCGAGUCGUCGUAACCGAGGCUUUGGCUGCGCAACUCCAGAAUGUUCAUACCCCGACUGAGGUACCAGUCGUCGAUCACUCGGCUGUUUUGGCUGCUCUGGAGGAAGUGAAAGAGCAGAUGAGCACAUUCAAGAGCAUGCCGCGUCUUGACCGUGAAAUUGAGCACGGCCAUGAUGAGGACAUCAGACCAAGCACAUCCAAAUCCGACGAUGCUAUCCUCGCUAAGCUGGAUCAACUGCAAACAAAGAACAUUGACCUGGAGCAGCGUCUACAAUUCGAACAGCACAAAAUUGAGAAGGAAGUCCAAGAGCGUCGUGAGGCGGAGGAUGCUGCCGCCGAACUUAAUCGCAAGCUCAAUGCUGCCGAAACUCGUGUCGAAGUCGAAAUUAUCAACAAGAGUGUAUAUGAUCAGCGUGUGGGAGAUCUUGAAGAGCGCCUCAGACUGCAAGAGGAUAGGACCGAAGAGGAGCUCAAGCAACGCCGCCUUCUCGAGGACAAGCUUUGUGAUGUCCAGCGCCAACUCAAGCAUGCUUCCGAGGAGGAAACUCGUCUUACGGAAACCCUCGAAGAACGCGACCGCAGAAUCAAAGAGCUGGAGCAGCUUGCUGGCAAGAAGGCUAUGCGCAUGACUUUACUGGAGGCUGCUUCCAGCAACGCAAGCCAGUCACAGAGUGAAAUGACCAACAAGCUCAACACCCUCGAGGGCGACCUGAAGGAGAUCCGUCAAGAUAACACGCACUGGCGCAACGAGGCCGAGCGAGCCGACGAGAGCGCUCGCCGCAACGCUGGUGAGCUCGCCGUUGUCCGCGACGAGAACAAGGGCUUCCAAAACACCAUCCAAAUUCUCGCGGCUCAGCUGCAAGAGAACGAACGCCUCCGUGAAUCUUGGCGUGGCAAGUUCAUGUCCCUCCAAGAGGACAUGGCUAAUGCUGCUCGCGAGGUCGCCGAGGAGAGCGCCAGACGCAUCAAGAAGGACCAAGCUAUGCUAGCCCGCCAAGAAGUGCUAGACGCUAGGUUGCAGGCCGAAGCCAGAACUCGUGAGCGCCUCGAAGUUGAGAUGGAACGCUUGCAGACCAACGAAAGAAGUGGCAUGCGUGCCCUCAAGGAAUGCACACGUCUCGAGGGGAUCAUGGGUGAGCUCCGUACCGAAAAGGAUCAGCUCCAGCAGUCCGCUUCUCGCUACCUGCGCGAAUUCGAAGAAGCCAGAGAGUCUGGCGCCAGCGAAGUCAACCGUACCAGAAUGUCUAUGCAAACGGAAAUUGACGCUGCCAACCACCAGGUCAACGUUGUCCGCCAAGAGCUUGAAGACCAAAACAACAAGCUCCGUGCUGAAAUCGACAACAUCAGGCUCGAGACCGACACUGCCAAGGAGCGCAACGAGAUGCUUUUAGAGGAAGAGCAAACUACCAAGGUCAAGUUGAUAGAGGAGCUUGAGCGUAAGCAUCAGAACGAAAUUGAGGAUAUGCAGACCCGCUUCGAGCGCCAGAUCAACAAUACUGUCGAGGAUAGCCAACGAUCUGAAGAGGCUCUUCUAGAACGUCUUAGCCUGUCCUCAUCCAAGAUGGAACACCUCAAGGAUCGAAUUCUGCACCUCGAAGACAAGCUCGAAAUUUCUAAGCAGGCUGCUGCCGCUGCCGCUCAGGCCGCCAAGGCCGCCGCUACCGAGCCCACCCGUGCUCCUUCUCCUGCUCCUGCUACUACCACUCGCGUCGCAGUUUCUUCCAACUUGCCUGAGAAGAUCUCCCCUCAGGCCCUUCGUGAAUCCAUCAUGGUUCUCCAAGAGCAGCUUCAAGCUCGCGAACAGCGUAUCGAAGAGCUUGAGCAGGACGUCUCCAACCUGGACCCCGAAGCACCUUCCAAGAUUUCGAAGCGCGAUGAUGAAAUCAGCUGGUUGCGUGAGCUCCUUGCAGUAAGACAUGGUGAUCUGCAGGACAUCAUCGCAGCCUUGGCCGUGGACUCGUUUGACCGCGAGAGAGUCAAGGAUGCUGCCAUCAGACUCAAGGCCAACCUACAGAUGGAGGAACAGGAGCGCGAGCGAGCUAUAAAUGGUGGCUCGUCUAUCACCUUGCCCAACAUUGCGCAGAGCAUCCAAGCCGCUACUCCGCGAGUCGCGCAGACCAUUGGCUCUGGCUUCAACGCAUUUGAUCGAUGGAGAAAAUCCAGCCAGCCCUCUUCGUUCUUCUCUGGCGUGCUUAACUCGCCUUCAGCAGCCACGCCAUCCCGCAGCAAAGGUCCCAGCGCACAACAAUCUAGGCUUCUAAGUGGCCUGUUGACGCCUCCGGCGUCUAGCCUACGUCAAACACCUGCGGCUGACAACAAGCCUCAGCCUACGGCCUUUGGGAGCACUGGUCGGCGGUUCCCGUCUCACGGCAGCGUCCAGAACCGAACACGCGGAGAGUCAAAACCAUCGGCGCUGGCGGAAGAUGAGGAAGCGGCGGCCACGAAAGACACCACACCACCGCGUCGCCAGGAGCAGCCAGCGGAUCCUGUCACGCCGCUCAUGAUUCGUCAGAGUGGAUACGAUUCUGACGCCCAGCCUGGCGACUUUGAUGAUCAUGACUUCUUUGAGGAUUAA